CCUCACAGAGGGUGGUCAGCCCUGGUGAUUUUAGAAGGGGCAAUCACCAAUUCCUUCCACAGCCUCUUGACUGCCCAGUGUCCCUCUCUCCCCAAGUCUCCCUACCUAGGAUUCUUUUCUGCACCGACUCUCACCCUGCUUCUUCCUUCCACACAGCCUCCUUCUUCUAUUGCAUUCCCUGGAAACCCUUCCCCAGUGUCACAGCAAGAUAAACCAGAGUGAUAUGCCAACAACUUUCCAAGGGGUGGGAGGAGGAGGCACAACAAGUCUGGAGCCCUAGGGAGGAUAGGGUGAGUCUCCGUGGCCAGAGACAAUUGAAGCAAUACAGCCCAGUGCAGGGUGGAGACAUUUUUUUCCAGCUUGUCCCAGUAAAGUCCCCCAAGCCCUUUUCUCUGCAUACUUACCCUCUGCCUGGCUGACCUCCUUAGUUUGGGGCAGGGGAAUCCUCCCUGUUGUCAGCUGUUUCCAGUGGCUCAACCUCAGGGUGGAGCCUCUGCUCUCAGCAGAAUUCUAGCUCAUCUCUGGCUUGCUUCUCGAUGCCCCAGGAUCUGGCAGAUGGCAUCAGGAUCCUUAUCUUAGGAAUGAGCUGGUAUUCUCCUGGCCUAAGGCUGGAGGAGGCAUCUCCAGGUCCCGUUAGAGUCCCAGAAGCUAGGCUGCCUGUUCAAGGUCAAGUCGGAUUCUAUCAGGUUACGGCAUGUACUUAGGCUAGCCACGGUUUAGAGGGGCCAGGUCUGGUGACCCUUGGGAUGUUGGGGAAAAUGUAAGGCCCUUGCUUGCUUCUUCAGAGCCAGGCUACACUUGGAACUCAGGGCUUCUGUAGAUAUGUCUGGUCUUGAAUGGACGCGCAGGAAGCCACAAGAGCGUGCAGUGGGUGUGUCUUAGAUUAAUGUGUACUCUGCCUGUGAAUGUGUCUGUGUAUAGAUUGGAUAGUUUUUGUUUAUAAGAAAGAGGGGACUGCACAGGCAUAUAUUCACAUUUUGAGGGCUUGAAAGAACAUGACUGAGUCUAUUUGUUUUGUUCAGGACAGUGUGUUCUUCUCUCUCUCUCUCUCUGUGUGUGUGUGUCUGUGUGUAUGUAUGUGUGUAUGAGAGAGAGAGAAAGAGAGAGAGUGAGAAAGAGAGAGAGGAGUAGGGAGAGAUUCCCUGAGAUUUGGUUCUCCAAAGAGCAUGUUUUACCCAAAAAGGCCAUCCACAGAGAAGCUUGGUGAGGGGUUUGAAGAAGAAGUAUUGCAGAGACUGGGGAGGUAGGGAGCUGUGUGUCUAGGGUGGAGCCCUGGGUUCACUCCCCCCCUUUAUUCUUCUCUAGGUCUAACCGGUUGGGGCCAGAGCUUGCCUGAGGCUUCAGGGUAGGGAGGGGGAGGAGCUCAGUCCUAAGCUUCCUGAUCUGGCUCCAAACCCUGGGCUCCUGCUCUGACUCAGUAGCAGGAGGGGCCCCAAUGGGAGCAAGCAAGUGGGAGAGAUACACUAGAGGCACACAAUCACACAGAGCAGGACCCGCAGUUCACCCUACCAGGCUCAUUCUACCUAUAUAAGCUGCAUAGACAAAGGCAGGCACGUGACCAUGGCCAGGCUCUAGGUCCCAGCUGCCCAGUGCCAGGCAAAGGCGCGCAUUGUCACUUAGAACACUUAUAUAGUCAGCAUACAUCAUUAUACACCACAGACACACACAAGCACACAUACACAAACUAUACACAGCUAUGCUUGCUUUUAUGCUUUUCAGGGUGGAAAAGGACCCCAGCAGUCACUGUGUCCACUCUCCUGCUUCUGGCUGGGGCACUUCACUUGACCCAGAUAGAGCCUAAACAGCCCGUACAGGUUGAUUUUAAACAGCCUGUUUCCUCCAAUAGAACAUCUAACAGCUGGGUGUUGCACACACACACACACACACACACACACAUAAUGCCCACAUUAUCAUGUAAAUAAGAAGGUAAAUAUCCUGUAUGGUCAUAUGCACGAACAUCUUUGCAGCUACAAUGCACACUUGCGUGCUUGCACAUGCAAAAGCAUAAUUAUGUAUGGACAUAAAUAUGACACGAGCUCUGUGUACGUGAACAAUGCUCAAAUGCACAUCUACACAAGUCUAGAGUAUAUAUACAAGUUCACAAGAGUGCUCGGAGACUGCCGUAAGAAUAAACAAACAACAUAAGUAUUGCUCAUGUCAGCACACACACACACACACACACACACACACACACACACACACACCCCCUCAUGCCUAUAGAAGCCCCAUGAGCCUGGUUGGUAGGCAGCAGAAUGAUGGAGACUGACUACUCAAGCAUCGUUUUCUGUUCUCUCCUUCUCACCUGCUUUACCCUUCACCAGCACUGUUGUCUGCUGUAAGGAUCAACGGGGAUGGCCAGGAGGUCAUGUAUCUGGCAGAAGGUGACAAUGUGAGGCUAGGCUGCCCCUACAUUCUGGAUCCUGAGGACUAUGGUCCCAAUGGUCUGGACAUUGAGUGGAUGCAAGUCAAUUCAGAGCCCUCACAUCGGGAGAAUGUGUUUCUUACUUAUCAAGAUAAGAGGAUCGGCCAUGGCAACCUCCCCCAUCUACAGCAGAGGGUCCGCUUUGCAGCCUCAGACCCCAGCCAGUACGAUGCCUCCAUCAACCUCAUGAACCUGCAAGUGUCUGACACAGCAACCUAUGAGUGCCGGGUGAAGAAGACCACCAUGGCCACCAGGAAGGUCAUUGUCACUGUCCAAGCACGUCCUGCGGUACCCAUGUGCUGGACUGAGGGCCACAUGUCAAGGGGCAACGAUGUGGUGCUGAAGUGUUUUGCCAAUGGAGGCUCUCAGCCCCUCUCCUACAGGUGGGCCAAGAUCAGUGGGCACAGCCAUCCCUACCGAGCUGGGUCCUACCACUCUCAACACAGCUUCCACUCUGAGCUUUCUUACCAAGAGUCCUUCCACAGCUCCAUCAGUCAAGGCCUGGGCAAUGGAGACCUGGUAUUGAAAAAUAUCAAUGUAGACGAUGAUGGGCUGUAUCAGUGCACAGUGGCCAACCACGUGGGCUACAGCGUCUGUGUGGUAGAGGUUAAAGUCUCAGACUCCCAGCGUGUAGGCAUGAUCGUCGGCUCAGUGCUGGGCUCUCUGCUCAUGCUGGCCUGCCUGGCGCUAGGCAUCUGGGGGCUCAUCUGCUGCUGCUGCGGAGGCAGCGGGGCUGGUGUUUCCCGCGGUGCCUUCGGCUACGGGGUCGGCGGCGGGGUCGGCGGAGGGGCCUGCGGCGACUUGGCUAGUGAGAUCAGAGUGGACGCCGAGGCGCCCGGGUGCAAGGCCAGCGGGCGCGGCAGCCGCGUCACCCACCUCCUGGGGUACCCGACGCAGAACGUCAGCCGCUCCCUGCGCCGCAAGUACGCGCCUCCGCCCUGCGGCGGCCCCGAGGACGUGGCCCUAGUGCCCCGCACCGCCUCCGCAGCCUGCGAAGCGGGCCCCUCCCCUGUCUACGUCAAGGUCAAGAGCUCGGAGCCGGCCGACUGCGCCGACUGUACCCAGGUCGAGCAGCGGUCGUGCAAGGACGGCCUCUUGGUGUGAGCGCGCAGCACCGGGCUGCGCCCCGGCUGGGAGGCGGUUCGGAGCUCUCCGCCCGCAGCUGGGGACAGGUUCCGGCCGGCAGACCUGGCUCUCGCCGGCCGCCUAGCGGCAGAGAGUUCAGGGGAAUUUCCCUCAGGGAUGCCUAGUGGGGCAAAAGCCUUCUCCCCCAAGUGGGAGAGGGCUGGGGCACAGAGGAAGACAGUUCAGAGCCCCACCCCCGUCACCGGUGGGCUCCAGGGAGCAGAAGGGAGGAAAGACGUUGGUAUCCCAGAACCUCAGAGGUACAAGCCAGGUGUCCCCAGCCAAGGCAGAGGGCCCCUGGCCUUGGGUAGGUGGGGUUCAAGGCUGAAUUGUUCUGUGUGUGAGAUUUGAGCUCCGAGGCAACAGUGUUAGCACAAUAAAGAAGUUUA